AAUCAAACCCCGACAUCUGCAUAAAGACUGUAAUCCAGAGUUUAUUACCCCGAUGCGUCAUAUGUCGCUAGGCGGGUCCUGGCUGACGUUGACCAAUAGGAGCAGAUUUAGAGCGUUACCGAGGAAACGGCGUACAAGGCUACGUGACGGUGAGGGGCUACAGGAGCGCAGCUAGCGGAACAGCGGACCGAGGCGCAGCUUCUACAUUAUAAUUUUUUGUUUUACUGAUUACUGAUAAAAAAAAAAAAAUAUUUCCGGCAGCGGUUUGGAUCUCUGCCGAGGCUGACGCUUCCGUGGCCGGGGUGGGAGCUCAGUCCGGCGCCCUGAGGUUAGUUUGCCAGUUAGCACGGGACCACAGAGCGGGCUAGACCUCAUUGCCUCUCCCGGACUGUGGGCUCUGCUGCGGGGAUGGAGCUGAGCUAGCCGCCGGGCUGGGACCGUCUGGCCUGGUUCUGACCUGAUUUUUCCGCACAGCAGCCCGUUUCCUUUCGGAGACCGAGCCAGGGAUGCGGGAUGAGAUGAGGCGCCGCGGACCGAACCUGAAACCCAGACCCGACCAGUCGUGUUAGCCAGGGAUGGAGGUGUGUGGCAGGAACCCGAACCGCACGGCGCCGACCCCUGACCCCCGGCGCUCCGAGGUGCCGCUCAGCUCGCGGACCAACGGCUGGAGCUGGCCGCCUCACCCCUUCCAGCUGUUGGCCUGGCUGCUCUACGUCUACUUCGCCAUCACUGGCUUCGGCGUGUUCGUCCCGCUGCUGCCGCCGCACUGGGUCCCCGCGGGCUACAUCUGCACCGGCAUCCUGUUCGUGUCCCACCUGUGCGUUCACGUCCUGGCCGUGUCCGUCGACCCGGCUGACCUCAACGUGAGGAUGAGGAGCGACAGAGGGCCGGUCCCCGCCUUCGACCGCUCCAAACACGCACACGUCAUCGAGAACUGCCACUGCUACCUGUGCCAGGUGGAUGUGGGACCCAAGUCGAAGCACUGCAGCGCCUGUAACAAGUGUGUUGCUAACUUCGACCACCACUGCCGCUGGCUCAACAACUGUGUGGGCAGCAGGAACUACAAGUUGUUCCUCCACAGCGUUGUCUCCGCUCUGCUGGGCGUGUCUCUGGUUCUGCUCUUCGCCUCCUACGUCUUCGUCGAGUUCUUCAGGGACCCGUCCAACCUGCGCACCGACAAACACUUCCUGGUCCAGAAUCAGACAGGUGUGUGGUUCGUCUUCCUCCCUAUGGCUCCUCUCAGGUCAGCGGCCGCCGUCAUCCCGGUUCUGGCUGCCGUUACCAUGGCAAUGGGCCUGCUGUCGUCGGGGCUUCUCUGCCACUUGCUCUGCUUCCACAUCUACCUGAUGUGGAACAGACUCAGCACCUAUGAGUACAUUGUGCGACAGCGCCACCGCCUGGACAGCAGAGACCCCAGGACAUCCACUGCAGCUAAGCAGAGACGACGCCCGUCCGUCGUCCAGGAUGUGAACUACUCAGGGACCCUGGGGUACACCAGCCCCCGGCUGGACAUCCAGCAGGGACAGGCGGACACCUGUGCUGGUUCCGAUCGGGUCCCCAGGUAACGCCCAGUCCUUGUUGCCAUGGAGACUGCUGUCUCUGACUCCCAGGAAGCAAACAGAGUGUGUGCUGUGUGUCUGAGCUGAGGGAGUGUGUGUUAUAGAGAAUCGUCCCGUAUUCAACCGAUACGGGACACGAUUUGUUCGACACACAUCGACACUAGGGCUGUAUAAUUAAAUCGAUUCUACAAUA